AUGCCUAUCGCCGUUCUAGCCCAUCUGGACUCGACAGGAGCCGCCUGCCCAGUUGAAGACGCUCCCCUGCAACGCUUGUUGGAAGUAUCGCGAGUCGUUCUUCAGCAGGCGGUGGACCUGGUUGAUAAUGACCUCAUGUCAGACGACCAGCUUACUAUUCACUCUCAAUACAUGCCUGGGUCUACAAUAGGAAAGCACCUUCGCCACGCUCGUGAUCACUUUUGGCUCCUCAUAGAUUCCAUGGAGUCGCAGCCUCCGUAUACCCUCAACUACGACUACCGAAAAGUGAACAUGGACCAACCGGUCACCCUGAAUGCCGUGACACCAUACCCACAAACGAUGCAGUCCACGUUCGGUCGGGAACUCUGGUUUGGCGCAUUGCACGCUGUGCAUCACUGGUCCAUGGUUCGCGUCAUCUGCGGAGAGCUGGGCAUUCGUCUGGACGAGUCAUUUGGCUUUGCCCCGAGUACGCUCGUACAUCAAGGCGCCGAAGCACCUUUGGGGAGGGCAAAAUGUUGA